ACGACGGUGGAGGAUGCAGCAACAGCAGCAGCAGCAGCAGCAGCAGCAACAGCAAGAGGAGGAGCAGCAUCAACAGGAAUCGGAGCAGGAACAACGGACUCUCGUAAUGGUACCGUCCACCUCGUCUUCGUCGGUCGCGGCAGACUCACGCGAGGUCGAUGUCAUCGGUCUCGCGACGAGUACCGAACUGCCCAAUCUGGCGCUCCAAAGUGUCGCCCUGCAGUUUCAGGGCGCUCUCCUCUCUGCUCUGCAACGGGUGGCACUCUUGCCAGGUGGACACGCCGCCGCCGCGGCGGCUUUAAAUCUCCAGGCACUGAAGACGUACCUGACUCUUCACCGUCUUCACGCGAGCGGCGCGACUUCCGGCGUCGCGCAGACCCCGGCCGCCACUGCGACCGUCGUCGGCAAUCAGAGGUGUUCGUCGUUAAACGCGAACGUCGACGUGGCUGUGAGCCCGGCAAAGACGAGCGACCACUUGACGGCCGAUCAGUUGCUUCGAUCGGCCGCUUCGGCGAUCAGCGAGGACGACGAGGCGCCGCUGGACUUCGUGACCGACACCGAGGAGGACCUGGCGCUACUCGCGGAGGAGGAGGAGGUCCUGCUGAGCGAGACGUCCGCGACGAGCACCUCCGCCGCGAACCACGAGCUACUUCUGCGCCGAAUAUCCGAGGGAAAUCGCGCGGGCGCCUCGGUGACGACGGCCUCACGAUCGUCGACCUUGACCGGUCCGGCAUCCUUCGCGUCGUCGACUUCCUCGAUUUGCUCCUCGGCCUCGUCCACGUCGUCGUCCUCCUCCUCGUCCGCGCCACACGCUUCAAUUGUGGUGGACUCGAGUGUACCAAGGACUUGCCGUACGUCCCGGCCCAAGAAACAGUUCAUUUGUAAAUUCUGCAGCCGGCAGUUCACGAAGAGCUACAAUCUGUUGAUUCACGAGAGGACGCAUACCGAUGAGCGGCCGUACUCGUGCGACAUAUGUGGCAAGGCCUUCCGACGGCAGGAUCAUCUCAGAGAUCACAGGUAUAUACACAGCAAGGAGAAACCGUUUAAGUGCGCCGAGUGCGGAAAGGGAUUUUGCCAGAGCAGGACACUGGCCGUUCACAAAAUUUUGCACAUGGAGGAGUCGCCGCACAAAUGUCCCGUCUGCGCCAGGAGUUUCAAUCAGAGGAGCAACCUCAAGACCCAUCUUCUCACGCACACGGAUAUCAAGCCUUAUCAUUGCGCCUCCUGCGGCAAGGUCUUCCGCAGGAAUUGUGAUCUUAGACGGCACUCGUUGACCCACAAUUUGGGAGUACCGUCGUCGCCCCCGCCGCCGGGAAUACCCGUUUCCGGUACAAGCACCAUUGUUCUUCAGGAGACGUCUUAAUGCAUGGAUAUCCGGUUCUCACCACUCCUCGAUCACGCCGGGACAAAGUCUUGCCUGCAUCGGCCGCGCUACCUUCCAACAACGCGGACCGACGUCCAUUUAUUAUAAUGCCGCAGUGAUCUUGACUUCGACGUGCGAUCGAAUCCGACGGUCAAUUCGGUCGUUUCACAUUCGAACCCCAUGGUCCACCGGUACGGUCAGGAUUUCGAUCUCUCGCGCGUAUUCGAGCCUCCGACUCACUCAUCUCGUAUCUAUCCGCCUGCACUAUCUAUCAUCGUUAACGUUUAGAGCGUAAUCAUUGUUAUGUAUAUCACGAUAAGGAUAUACGGAUUUGUGCAUGUUUAGAUUUAUAACUCUAUGUAUGCGAUACGCAGUGGGUACCCUCUCUCUCUCUCUCCCCCCCUCUCUCUCUCUCUUUCUCUCUCGAAUAUAACGUGUAGUCGUUCCCUACUUUUAAAAUGGUGUACCUACUGCACGUGUCCGUUGUGUUCUAUCGUUCACGUGUGUAAAAUAAACAUUUAUUAUUAUUUUUUAACUCACAGUU